AUGACGCUGGGCGAGCAGCAGUGCAUUGCUGCCAAGGAGAGCAACCCUGUCUCUCCCAGGCCUCCGAGGUCACCCCUGUGGAAUGAGGCCCCGGAUGGCUGCCAGGACACGGGGGAGCAGAUCGCCAUCAAGCAGUGCCGCCAGGAGCUGAGCCCGCGCAACCGGGAGCGGUGGUGCCUGGAGAUACAGAUCAUGAAAAGGCUGAAUCACGCCAACGUGGUUGCUGCCCGUGAGGUCCCCAAGGGGAUGCAAAAUCUGGCACUGAAUGACCUUCCGCCUCUGGCCAUGGAGUACUGCCAGGGGGGAGACCUCCGCAAGUACCUGAACCAGCUGGAGAACUGCUGCGGCCUGCGGGAGGAAGCCAUCCUGACACUGCUCUCAGACAUUGUGUCUGCUCUCAGGUACCUGCAUGAGAACAGGAUCAUCCACAGAGACUUGAAACCAGAGAACAUUGUGCUGCAGCAAGGAGAGCAAAGGUUAAUACACAAGAUCAUUGACCUGGGCUAUGCCAAGGAGUUGGACCAGGGCAGCCUGUGCACAUCCUUUGUUGGGACACUGCAGUACCUGGCUCCGGAGCUUCUGGAGCAGCAGAAGUACACGGUGACAGUGGACUACUGGAGCUUUGGCACGCUGACCUUUGAGUGCAUCACAGGUUUCCGGCCAUUUCUGCCCACUUGGCAACCUGUGCAGUGGCAUACGAAGGUGCAGCAGAAGAGCGAGUCAGACAUUGUCGUGUAUGAGGACUUGGUUGGAGAAGUGAAGUUUUCCAGCAGCUUGCCCUACCCAAACAACCUGAACAGCAUCCUGGCUGGGCACCUGGAGAAAUGGCUGCAGCUCAUGCUGAUGUGGCAGCCCCGGCAAAGAGGCACACAUCCUGUCUACGGGACCAAUGGCUGCUUCAGGGCCUUGGAUGACAUCCUGAACCUGAAGCUGGUACAUAUCCUAAACAUGGUGACGGGCACCGUGCACACGUACCCAGUGAUGGCGGAGGAGACUGUGCCAAGCCUGAAGGCCCGGAUCCAGGCAGACACCGGCAUCCCCCAGCAGGACCAGGAGCUGCUGCAGGAGGCUGGGGUCGCACUGUCCACUCAGAAGCUGACCGUGCCAGGUGUGGCUGACAGCAAGGUGAAUGAAGCUGCAACCGUGGACUCUGACCUCCUGUUUCUGUUUGACAACCGGAAAGUUGCAUAUGAAGCUCAGAUCUCCCAGCGGCCGCAUCCGGAGAGCGUGGACUGCAUCCUCCAGGACCCAAAGAGGAAUCUCUCCUUCUUCCAGCUGCGGAAGGUGUGGGGCCAGGUCUGGCACACGAUCCGGAUGCUGAAGGAGGACUGUAACCGGCUCCAGCAGGGGCAGCGAGCAGCCAUGCGGAACCUGCUGCGGCACAACAGCACCCUCUCCAAAAUGAAGAACUCCAUGGCCUCCUUGUCCCAGCAGCUGAAAGCCAAGCUGGAUUUUUUCCAAACCAGCAUCCGGAUUGACCUCGAGAAGUAUAGCGAGCAGAUUGAGUUUGGCAUCACCUCUGAGAAGCUGCUGCUUGCCUGGCGGGAGAUGGAGCAGGCUGUCAAGCUCUGCGGGCGGGAAGAGGAUGUGGAGCAGCUGGUGAAGAGGAUGAUGGCAUUGCAGACCGACAUUGUGGACCUGCAGAGGAGCCCGCUGGGCUGGAAGCAGGGGGGCACGUUGGAGGACUUGGAAGAACAAGCCAGGGAGCUUUACCGGAAGCUGCGGGAGAAGCCGAGAGACCAGAGGACCAGUGGCGACAGCCAGGAGAUUGUGCGGCUGCUCCUGCAGGCAAUCCAGACCUUUGAGAAGAAGGUCCGGCUCAUUUAUUCCCAACUCAGCAAGACUGUUGUCUGCAAGCAGAAGGCCCUGGAGCUGUUCCCUCGUGUGGAGGAGGUGAUGAGUCUGAUGAAUGAGGAUGAGAACACUGUUGUCAGGCUGCAGGAGAAGCGGCAGAAGGAACUGUGGAACCUGCUGAAAAUAGCCUGUAGCAAGGUGCGUGGCCCUGUCAGCAGUAACCCUGAGAGCAUGAAUGCCUCACGACUUAGUAACCCAGGUCAGCUGCUGUCGCACAUCCCUGCUGUAACCUACAACCCGCCAGAAGCAAUAAAGAAAAGCGUGGAGCUGCUGAUGGAAUCACAGGAUCUCUGCAGCCAGUUAGAGAUCAUGAUGAAUGACACGAUGAAGGAUCAGGACCAGAGCUUCAUGUCUCUGGAUUGGAGCUGGUUGCAGCUUCACGUGGAAGAAAGAAAUAGUCCAGAACAAACCCAAAUGUAAAGUCACUUCGGUGCUGGUUGAAGACAAAGAAUCUCCUGGCAAAGAAUGUAUUAAGCGUGACAGGCUGCUGCGAUGGAAAGGAAGGCCCCAGCGCCUCUCCAUGUGCCACCUGGUGGUUAGUUAAGGCACGUGCUCUGUCUUUUAAAAUAGCUUUUACUGAAAACUCUUUAUUUCUGUACGUUUUGCUUUUUCCACAAAUGCGCAGAGGUAUGGGGGGGAGGGCCUUAGGAAGAAGGACUGUAGCUAUCUCAUAAUGCACAGUGGAUGAGGCUGCUUUUAUUGUCUGAUAUUGUUUGUCUUCCCUUAUGAUCCCCAAGCCAGGUGCUUAGGGCAUUUCUCUCCCACCAAGCUGUCUUGCUUCUGUGUAUUUGCUGGAAAUCAUCCUUCCCUGCCCCUAUGCCAAAUGGUGUAUAUCAGUAGUCACCAACCAGUGGAUCUUGGAGCCUCUUGGAGUCGAUCCGAGGCUGGGGCGGUGGGGGCUGAGUGCUUGUGUACACGUACGCACAUGCCCCAGCCCAGCAGGUCAGUCUGUGGGGGAGGGAAGGAGCGGGGGCUAGAUCAAGGCCCCACUGCAGUGUGGGACAGUGUUGCAGAAGCAGGAGCAGGGGUAAGUGGGGCCCCAGCCAGG